UUCCUUGGCGAUUCCGUUGAUGAAACUGGUCGGUUUGAAAACAGAGGAAAUGGCUGAAGAAGGACGAUUCACCACGAUUAUCGUCGAUGCUGAUUUCUCCCCUGGAUUCCGCAGGAGCGGUCUAAUAACCGAAUCACCAGUGGCAUCACCUACUGCCUCCGGAGGAGAAUGGGACAAUCAGAUUCACAGGGAGGAAGAAAGUUGUGCUACUAAGGCCACGAUCGCAGGCAAAGAAUUUUUUAAGGAGCAACAAACGCAAGUAAUGCAGCUUGUCCACCUGCUUAGACAAAUUGAAAACCGAGUCAAUUCUCACCGGGAUGACAUUCUUGAGAGCCUUGCCACUCGGCGGGGCUUCCUCCAAAAACUUUUCCGGAAAGCCUCUAAUUUUAUAUCUCUUCAAAGUCAAAACCACGACACGCUUCUGAUCACACGGAAGCUUCAUCAAGUCAUAUAUGAUAAAACAGAUGCAGUCCUUAGCUCGGUAGAGGAUGGUAUACAGAGCCUAAUGCGAGAUUUAACUAAACAAAUGUGUAACCCGAUGGUGGAUUAUGUCAAAGGCCUGAAAGCUGAGUUGAAGUUUGGAACAUGUGCGCGCUUGCUGGCUGUUGUGGAUGAGAUGGAAAGAUCUAUGAGAAAUGGUAGGAUUGAGUUGGAGGAAGCAAGAAGGAGGAUCAAACUAGCAGAGGAGGGAAGGAUCAAGGCAUUGUGCAAGCUAAAGGAGUCUGAAGAAAAGAUGAUGAGAUUGGACGAAUACCUUGAGUUCCUAGCCGGGAUCGAAAAAGAGCAUAUUGAACAUCUUGUUUCACAGAAGUUCUUUGGCAGGAAGGAAGCUGAAGAAAACGAUUACAAGCUAGUGUGGGAACUGCAGAGGAAGAAGAGGAAGUUUGAGACACCUGGGAGUCCCAUGGGGCCUAAAGAACUUCUGUACUUUGAGAGCAGCAAGAAGCCUCAUCAAUCUACGAGAGAAAGACCUGCAUUCUCUCACAGGCCAGUCAUUGGGAGUCAUUUGCAAGCUCUGAGUCCACAAACCCCAUGCCUGGACACUCGGAUCCCCUUGGGCUUAUCACCUUCAUCAGCAAUUCAGCAUGUGGUUUCGCGCAAGCGCAUCAGCCCAUUUCCCCUGAAUUCUUGAUGAAAUGCGUAAAGUUUGUUGGCAUUUUCAAUGUCAAUGUAAUAAAAAGAAC